AUGGCCGUUAGAAAAGGAUGGAUUGCCCUUACUACAUUGUCCUAUAAUGAUUCAACGAAUACGAAGAAUUGGUUUAACAACUUCUUGACAAGAGCUUCUUCCAACAUCGUACAUAGGUGA